AUGACGACGCCUUUACCUGUACAGGUCAUCAGUGGGGAGGGGUUUGAUUUGAUUGACGCCCACUGUCCCCAGCAGCUCAUUUACAUAAUCCAAGAGGUCCUAAGUGGGGUGAUCGUGGGCAGAUGGUGGAGUGACAGCCUCGUCUUAUUCGACAUCUUUGUCAACAUCCUGGCCCACAAUUUGGCAGAACCGGCGUACGAAGCGGAUGUGGCGCAGCUCGAGUACAAGCUGGUGGCGGGUGAACAUGGAUUUGUCAUCACGGUCAAGGGUUUUAACCACAAGCUGCCUUUGCUUUUCAACCUGAUUAUUGAUUAUGUGGCCAACUUUACGGCCACCCCAGAUGUCUUCUCCAUGAUCACCGAACAGAUGAAGAAGAACUACUACAACAUCCUCAUCAAGCCGGAGAAAGUGGGCAAGGAUGUCCGGCUGCUGAUCCUGGAGCACUCGCGCUGGUCUGUCGUGCAGAAGUACCAGGCCAUCAUGGCGGGGCUCAGCGUGGAGGCCCUGCUGUCUUUUGUGAGCAACUUCAAGUCCCAGCUGUACGCAGAGGGGUUGGUGCAGGGAAACUUCACGAGCAAGGAAGCUGUGGAAUUCCUGAAUUACGUCACAAAGAAGUUGCAGUACCAGCGUCUUCCAGCUGCUGUCCCCGUUCAGUUCAGGGUCGUGGAGCUGCCGACGAAGCCCCACCUGUGCAAAGUGAAGUCCCUGAACAAGGGGGACGCCAACUCGGAGGUCACCGUCUACUACCAGUCCGGUCCCAGAAGUCUCCGCGAGUACUCCCUGAUGGAGCUGCUUGUGAUGCACAUGGAGGAGCCUUGCUUUGAUUUUCUUCGGACCAAAGAGACUUUGGGGUACCACGUCUAUGCCAUGUGUCGGAACACUUCAGGGAUUUUGGGAUUUUCAGUUACUGUUGAAACUCAGGCUACCAAGUACAACACUGAACUGGUGGAUCAGAAGAUCGAGCAAUUCCUGGUCAACUUUGGGGAGAUGAUGACCAACUUGACCGAUGAAGCAUUUAAAGCUCAGGUGACGGCCUUGAUUAAGCUGAAGGAGUGCGAGGACACUCACCUGGGCGAGGAGGUGGACAGAAACUGGGCCGAGGUGGUCACACAGCAGUACGUCUUUGACAGGCUCAACAGAGAGAUCGAGUCUCUCCGGUCCAUUUCCAAAUCCGAGAUGGUGUCGUGGUUCCUGGCACAUCGUGGGCAAAGCAGCCGGAAGCUGAGCAUUCACGUGGUGGGUUACGGCAAAGAGGAAAACGACCCGACGAGCGACUCUGGGCCUCCGACGGCCGAGACCACCUAUGGCGAAGCGUCGGAGUUCACUUUCCUCGGUGCGUCCGAGCUCAUGGCCGAGGCGGUCCCCAUCAUGGACAUCCAUGCCUUCACUUCCACGCUGCGCCUCUACCCCUACCACAAAAUCUUGAAGUAAGCGGUGCCACCAGCUGCCCUUUGUAGGUUUUCAGGAACGGACCGUAUGCCACUUUGACAAGAGACUCCCCAGCCGGACUGAUUUAUUUUUUUUUUUUUUGCUCCCGUUCAUCUGCGUGUUGCUUCUCAAAUGCUGAUGUCAUGCCUGCAUGGCCCCCUUUGGUUGAAUUCUGCCCACAGCACUGUCUUGGCAUCACUGACUGGCCAGGUGGGGUGUACCAUUGGGGUGAUUUGGGAUUAAGCUUGCUUCUGAUUGGUGGGUAAACCACAGCUAGUGUGCCCUCUAGGAUUGGUGGUGGCAGCAGCAUGGCAUUAUUUGAAGGGUUUUUGGUUUUUAUGCUUCAGUUGACAAUCUAGUGCUGGCCAGUAGGGGGAGCCAGCCAGCAGAAGCACACGUUUAUACAGAAGUUCAAAAUGCACUGGAAAGCUGAAAGUCCUGGCGUUUUUAAUAUCGGAAUCAAUAAACAUGAGAAUUUCUUACAAUCA